AUGGAUUGGGAAUCUCCUUCAGAUGCCAUGCCAUGGGUGGGAUUGUAUGUCAGCCUAGCAUCUCUGGUGUGCACUCUUGCAAUGGCAGCUGAUGUUUUCCAAGGCUUUCGACAAUGGAAGCUCUGGUUUCCAUGCAGAUUUUUCACCAUCAACGCUGUUUCCAUCACACUCAUAGCAACAGCAAUGAAGCUACCAGUGGAUCUAACCACCGACGUAUCUCAAGGUCUUGAUACGACAGCAAAGUUUCUCAGCAUCGUUUUCUUAGUCGCCAUGUUAGCCAACUUUCUCCCUUCUUUAGGGCUUAUGAACGACAAGGAACUUGUUAUGAACAUCGUAGCCUUGGGUAUCCUCAUCAUCACCAUUACUGUAAAUGUUUGGAUCCAAAUUAGUACUACAACGCCUUUGACAAUCCCAAUACUGAUUAUUAUAAUGAUAUUUUCACUUCCAUGGCCAUUUUCAGUAGCUUUGACAGUUUCCGCAUCUGGAAGAAUUUUACAACAUAAGUACAAGGAGUUGCAUAGGUUGGCUUCAAAUCAUCAAGACAUGAACAUGAACAUGAACUUUUCCGAUAAGAGACUCAUAUGUUAUGUUAAAAAACAUUGGAUGAUGGCAGAAACUGGUAACCCUCAAUUUGUAGUUGCGUGUUCACCUGUUUCUUCUGCUUUAGGAGUUAUAUGCUCAGUUCUUGUUUGCAUUUCAUUUUACUUUUUGAUAACCCUGUUUGGUGAUACGUCAAAUUUGAAGUAUGGAAGAUCAGAUUAUAAGUGGUCAAUCAAUGUAAUUGUCACCAUACAAUCAAUCGGGACAAUAGUAGGUAGUAUAGCACCGAUUUUUAGAUGUUUGUCUUCCACCAUUGAUUUCAAUUUCUCCAAGAAAUGGAUCAAGAAUCAUCUAAACGUGUUCAGAGUCGAGAAGCAUUGGAUCCAAAGGCUUCAGCAUUGGAAACGCUGCCAUGUUCGUUCACAUAUUCCAGGGCGCCAUUGCAAAAAAGCUUUCCAUAGCAUCAAAAACAUGAUUUUGAACUUUUGCAUAGGGAUUCAGAUAACGAUUGUGAUUAUAUGCAACACGAUAUGUCUCAUUCCCAGAUCUUUUCUUAUCUUCUGCAAGUCAUUGUUGAAAAGGUUUAAACAAGAACCAAAUGCAGAUACUAAUGGCAAUGUGAUAUCAGAUUUGGAUCAAGAAUAUACGCGUUAUGUCCUACAAGUUGAAGUGGAGAUGAAGCUUUCAAAGAGAAUAUUAAGAAAUGCGCUCAACUCCAUGACUCGACUUCUCCACGAGUCUGAAGAGAAAGAGCCAAGUAAUCUGAUCAAACUUCUCAAGAAAUCUACAGGAUUCCAUGGAGUUUUGGAGUUCGAUCGUGAUCAAGUCCCACCUUUACAUCAAGAAGAAACCAAGAAUUGUUGGAGCCUAGUUGUAGUAACAUUAACAGCCAUUGCCAUUUCCCUUCCUAACAUUGCAAACAUCCAUGUGAAGGAGUUACUUUCCAGUAUGAGAGAAGGGCUACAAUUUGUAAUGCAUAUAGAAGAAAGCCUCAAUGUGAAUAGUGACUUGGUAAAAGCAAGAAAAGCAGCUAGACGUAUGUGGACAGAUGUUGAGGUAUACUCCAGGUGGCUACAAACUGAUCUUCAAAAGAAAGCUCGUGAAGGAAGAACAUCAAAGGAUAUUCUUCAGUGGUUGGGUGAUGAAGCAAUAAAAAUUGUGAAAGAGUUCAUGAGAAGAAAAAAUGGAAUUUUGGAUCAUUCACUUCGUAAGUUCAUUGCUGCAAAUUCCAUGUAUAGAAUCAGCCAAACCAUAUUGCUCCAUUGCAAUGAGCAAGAAAAUUGGCCAAAUGAUGAGGGAAUUUUUGAGUUUAUAUCAACUAUGAUUGCAGAUAUGUUAUCCGCUUGCUUUACCAACUUACCACGUGUCAUAGCUAUGAAGUGUCAUGAUGAUGCAAUAGAGAAAAGGGAAGAGAGUAUCCGGACUACAACACGGCUUCUUGGUAAGUCCAAAAAGAUGCUUAAGAUCCUUAAAAUGCGCCAAGUUCCUAACUUAGAUUCGGACUCCAUGGCCUAUGUUGAUAAGUGGCAUGCAUUACCCAAGAGUCACAUACACAAUUGUUGUUCUCCUUCAAAAAGGAUUCAAUUACCGGCUUCUUUAAGUUUUAAUCAAUCAUUUUUAGUAACUAUUAUGUAG